UCACAGCCCAUUGGCUUUCUUAAUUUUAUAAAAUGCCGGUAGUGUAGUUUUAGUUUUUUUAUUGAAAACUGAGCGCCAUAGUCCCACGUGUUUGUUAACAAUUGUAAUCAUGGCUGAAAUAGAGAAAGCAAAGAAGAAGAGCAAGAAGAAGUCCCUGGGAGAGCUCCAGGUGGCUAUGGAUUGUAAAAUGGAGCCUUCUGACAUUCCAGAGAAGCUGGAUUGUAAAGAUUGGCCUUUAUUAUUUAAAAAUUUUGAUAAAAUGUUAACAAGGACAAAACAUUUUACUCCGUUGACAAGCGGAUCAACCCCUCUGCACAGAACUCUAUCAGAGUACGUUAAAUCAGGAUGCAUAAAUCUGGACAAACCAUCAAACCCGUCUUCCCACGAAGUAGUCGCUUGGAUCAAGCGAAUCCUGAAGGUCGAGAAGACUGGCCACUCUGGUACUCUCGAUCCCAAGGUAUCAGGAUGUUUGAUAGUCUGUAUUGACAGAGCUACGCGUCUCGCCAAGUCCCAGCAGUCUGCGGGAAAAGAGUAUAUCGCGGUAUUCAAGCUCCACUCUGCUGUAGAAGACACUCAGAAGAUAAGCCAAGCGCUGGAACGAUUACGCGGUGCGCUGUUUCAAAGGCCUCCGCUGAUUUCCGCAGUUAAACGACAACUACGUGUGAGGACCGUCUAUGACAGCUGGUUCCUCGACUACGACAAAGAGCGCAAUAUAGGAAUUUUCAAAGUUAAAUGCGAAGCUGGUUCCUAUGUAAGAACUAUUUGCGUUCAUUUAGGUCUCUUCUUGGGUACUGGAGCGCAAAUGCAGGAGCUCAGGAGAAAUCGUUCUGGAGUUCAAAGUGAGGAGGAUAAUAUGGUGACGAUGCAUGAUAUUCUAGAUGCUCAGUGGCUAUACGAGAACCAUGGUGAUGAAUCUUAUUUAAGAAGAGUUAUCAAGCCAUUGGAAGCUCUUUUGGGAGAAGCAGUAGCUCUGGCAAUAGCUCUAAUGACUUCGCCCACAAUGAGUGCAUGUGAUCACGGAGUCGUUGCUAAAAUAAAACGUGUGAUUAUGGAAAGAGAUGCUUACCCCAGAAAAUGGGGUUUGGGCCCCAAGGCUUCAAUGAAGAAACGUAUGAUUGUUGAGGGAAAAUUAGACAAGCAUGGUAAACCUAAUGAAAACACACCUGCUGAUUGGUUGUCGGGUUAUGCUGAUUAUUCUCAAACACCACAACAGAUUUUACCUAAGACGGAAGAAAAUGGAGUCAAAGAAACUGGACAAAAACGUAAACGAGAAGAAUCAGAAUCGGCUGAACCUGAAGCUGAAGCAAAAGUAAAGGCAGAGCCUCAAGAAAUGGAUGUUGAUCAAACGCCCAAAGAAAAGAAGAAGAAAGAUAAAAAGAAGAAGAAGGAAAAGAAAGAAAAAGAUGCUGAAGUUUCUAUGAAUGAGACUAUGGAAACUGAAGGGGAAACAGGGGAAACACCCAAGAAGGAGAAGAAAAAGAAAAAGAAGAAGAGCAAAGAAGAAGCUCAGGAAUAA